AUGUGGCUCAACUCGUGGAUGCGUGCCGCCAUUCUGGCAGGCCUGACUGGCUCAGUCGCCGCCGUGACGCAAAUCACCGACGAUGAAAUGACAUCUCUCCUCAACGCCGGUGGAGUCGAACUGGCAAACCGUUAUGCACCUAUGUGGUUCUUCGGUCAGUCCCAGAACCAACCGCCAUGUUACCCGACCUGGGCUUUUGGUGGAUCGCCCACUACGCCUGAUAUCUACGAUGAUGCUCAUAAGACCCCCGCUGCCCCGCAGUGCCAAUACCCUAAUGUUGGCUGCAACUGCAGAAAUCCCGAUGUAGGUAUUGGGAACCCGGGGCCUGCGUUUCCAGUGUACUACACCUAUCAGCAUUGCAGCGACACCGAAGUUCGUGUGGUGUACAACCUCUUUUACGAGAAGGAUGGUGCUACCUUUGGUGCUAUCCAAACUGGUCAUGAUUACGACUGGGAGCGGGUUAUAGUCAUCCACUCGCGUGAUAGUAACAACAUGUGGGCCCCAUCGCGAGCGCUCCUGUCAGCUCACAGUGGCUACCACAACUUGGCCUGGGGCGAUAUUCAGAAUACCCUCACGACGGACGAGAUCAACGCCGGCGAUGCGAAAGACCCCGACGGCGUGCAAAACAACGAUCAUCCGAAGGUGUACGUGGCGUGGUCCAAACAUCCGAAUUUCGAUACUCGCAAUACUGGGUUCAAUGACCCGAUUAGUCAAUCCCUAGAAGAUGCAUUCCGCAGUCAGGAUUGGUGGCACUUUGUUGAAACCCAGAACUAUUCUAAGAUUCGGGCCGACCUUAGCACCGCUGCUGGACAGGCUCUUGGUGCUGCGGACUGGGGAGAGGCCUCGAGUAAUCCGCCCUCGGUGCAUGCGACCGUCUGUAAGACAGACAUCUUGAUCAUUGGCGGUGGCUAUGCAGGGGCCUCGGCGGCUUAUCACCUCUUUCCUGAGGAUCAGCACGGGGCUACUCCGAACGUUGUUCUACUCGAAGCUCGUGAAUUAUGCUCCGGCGCUACUGGAAGAAACGGUGGUCAUCUUAGACCCGAUCCAUACUCGGCGACUGCGAAGUAUACAGAGCGCUAUGGAAUUGAAGCCGCCGUAGAGGUUGUCAGAUUUGAAAUUGCUCAUAUGAAAUUACUUGAAGAGCUCGUGCGAAAGGAGAAGAUUGACUGUGAUCUUACCUUCACCAGGUCUCUCGAGAUCUACCUGGAUGCAGAUGAACUCGCAACCAUGAAAGAUUUUUAUGAUUCUCUCGUUGACCGAGGCCUAGAUUUUAUCGACGAUGUCAAGUAUCUUUCGCAAGAAGAGGCGCAAAAAAUAGCCAAGGUUCGAAAUGCCCAGGGGGGCUUCAGCUUUUCGGCCGGCCACCUUUGGCCCUACAAAUUGAUAGCCGGGCUUAUUCGCAUUGCUAUUGCUCGCGGCCUCAAUCUUCAAACGAGCACAAUGGUCACUGAGAUUGGUCAAAAUCGUACGCCAGAGGGGCUAUGGCCCGUCUCAACCAAUCGUGGUGUUAUCUGCGCGCGGAAGAUCAUACUCGCAACCAACGCUUUCACAAGUGCUCUUGCUCCGGAGUAUUCCAAGGCUAUUGUGCCUUGCAAAGGACUCUGCACGCACAUUGAAGCAGCGCCUGGUGCUCCCUACCAAAAGCUACCCGAGACAUACGUGAUUCGGCAUAAGCCAGGAGCAUUCAUCUAUCAAAUCUCGCGCAACGAUGGGUCUAUCAUUGUUGGUGGUGCGAAGGAUACCUACAAGGAUAUACAUGAGCAGUGGUACAACAACCCUGAUGACGGUACCUUGGUUAAGAGCGUCGAGCACUACUUUGAUGGGUAUAUGCAGCGAACAUUCUUUGGUUGGGAAGAUAGUCAGGCGACAGUAAAACACAUUUGGACCGGGGUAAUGGGCUUCAGUGCAGACUCCUUGCCACAUAUUGGAGAGAUCCCGGGAAAACCAGGACAAUUCAUUGCGGCAGGGUUUAACGGACAUGGUAUGCCUGUCGCAUUUUUGUGUGGAAAGGCGAUCGUGCAAAUGGCCCAGCAAUCGGUUUCCUUCCAGGAGACUGGUCUACCGAGACUCUUUGAGACAUCAUCUGCACGGCUGGAUCCUGUAUAUGAUGACACCCUGGACUGA